UUCAUUUUACGACGUACUUUUAAUGCAAUGUUUGUGCAAAAAUGGCGCUGACCAAGGCCAAAAAACUUCAAGCAGUAGCUGUUAUUACAUCUCUAAUGGUGCACGAAUUGAAAAAAAAACGAAAGUCACGACGAUGGUGGGUAAAACCGUGGAAAACUGCGCAGCGCCGAUACGCACAAGGGUUAGCACAAAAUUUAAUUCAAGAGAUCCGAGUGACUGACCAUGAUGUAUUUAGAAAUUUGUUUCGGAUGGAUUCCAUUUUGUUUGAUGAGCUACGUGAAAAGUUAACACCAUUCAUACAAAAGAAAAACAUCACUAUGAGAGAUGCUAUAUCUGCUCAUGAUUGCUUGUGUGUAACAUUAAAAUUCUUAGCAUCAGGAUGCUCAUACAAAGAUUUGAUGUACAGUUUCAGAAUAUCAGUUUCAUCUAUUUCAAAAAAUUGUACCUGAGGUCUGUGAAGCUUUAUAUAAUGUGCUGAAGGAAGAAUAUUUAAAGCCACCCAC